AUGUGGAAGAGCCUCAUUUCCACUAGCCAGCAGGCGACUCGUGCAAACCCCCGCAAUUCUGUCGCAGCACUUUGCAUAGCCCCGUCGGCCACGAGCGGUCGCCCCUUUAGUGCCAUUUCUCAGCUCCAUAAAGACAGUCCCCCCGAUAUCGACCGCGAAGAACUCAGGCCCGAGCGAUCAGAAGUCACCAAGUCUGGGACUGACAAUGAAAUCGCUCAUCAUGAUUCCGCAUUUGACCCGUCGAAUACUGCCCCGGAAAGCGAACUUGCUGCGACAGAACAGGAGAGCGGGUCGACGAAUGUGAAAGGCACACUCGACAUGAGCCCCGCGAACAAGGAUGUGAGUGCAUGGCGGGGACCAACUGAAGGUGGUCCAGAUAGGAAUCUUGAUCGAGGAGUUUCAAGCAAGAGGGGCACGCCGAAUAAGAGUCGGACGAUCCAUGUCAAAGAGGAUGGGACGCAUGUAUCGUAUCGAUAG